AUGAUCACGUUGGGAAAAGCGAUCAUUAAAGCGACAACCGAUAAAGCAGAGAAGAGAGAAUUUAGGUUUUUAUACGAUGUAAACAAACCAAUUGUCGAAAAAAUUGAAAUUAUUGCAAAAGAAAUGUAUGGAGCUGAUGGAAUAGAGUUGAGUGAGAAAGCUAUUGAAAAAGUUGAGAGAUACACUAAACAGGGAUUUGCGAAUUUACCAAUAUGCAUGGCCAAAACGCAUUUAUCUCUUUCACAUGAUCCAAAACUUAAAGGUGUACCUACAGGAUUUGUAGUACCGGUACGAGACAUUCGAGCAUCAGUUGGAGCAGGAUUUUUAUAUCCAUUGUUAGGGGAAAUGCAGACCAUGCCUGGAUUAUCUACUCGACCGUGUUUCUUUGAUGUCGAUUUAGAACCAGAAACUG